GCUGGAAGGGCCUAAAAGAGUGCACCCCUAUUUAGUGUACGGGGGCCCGAGCCUUUAAUCGGACAGGCUCUGAAAUUUGGGAUAACAGAAAGAGAGCCUGUGGCGACACCUCUGAGCAGAACGGAACAGGCAAACCUCGGACGCCCCAAGCCGACUCGACGAAGAAGGCCCGGCGCGACCGGACGAAAAAGGCCCCUAGCUCACCCGGCGCGCUCCUCCUCCGGUACUCGGGGCUAUCAGCGCGCUUCCCGGGGAGAUUUUUCCUCUAGUCUGGAAAACCGCCCUUAUGGCAGAGGUGAAAGUGAAGGUGCAACCGCCGGACGCGGAUCCGGUGGAAAUAGAAAACAGAAUUAUAGAAUUGUGCCACCAGUUCCCUCAUGGAAUCACAGAUCAAGUAAUUCAAAAUGAAAUGCCUCACAUAGAGGCCCAACAGCGGGCAGUGGCCAUCAAUAGACUGUUGUCUAUGGGUCAGUUGGAUCUUUUAAGGAGUAAUACAGGCCUUUUAUAUAGAAUAAAGGAUUCUCAGAAUGCUGGUAAAAUGAAGGGGUCCGAUAACCAAGAAAAACUAGUCUACCAAAUCAUAGAGGAUGCAGGGAAUAAAGGAAUAUGGAGCAGAGAUAUUCGAUAUAAAAGUAAUUUGCCAUUAACGGAAAUCAACAAAAUUCUCAAGAAUCUGGAAAGUAAAAAACUUAUCAAAGCUGUGAAGUCUGUAGCAGCCUCCAAAAAGAAGGUUUAUAUGCUCUAUAACCUACAGCCAGAUCGAUCUGUGACUGGCGGAGCAUGGUACAGUGACCAGGAUUUUGAAUCUGAAUUUGUUGAGGUGCUUAACCAACAGUGUUUCAAAUUCCUACAAACCAAGGCAGAAACCGCAAGAGAAAGUAAACAGAAUCCAAUGAUUCAGAGAAACAGCUCGUUUGCUUCAUCCCAUGAAGUGUGGAAGUACAUCUGUGAAUUGGGCAUCAGUAAGGUGGAAUUGUCCAUGGAGGACAUCGAGACCAUCCUGAACACACUCAUUUAUGAUGGGAAAGUGGAGAUGACGAUCAUUGCUGCAAAGGAAGGCACUGUUGGCAGUGUGGACGGACACAUGAAACUGUACAGGGCAGUCAACCCAAUCCUCCCACCUACAGGAUUAGUCCGGGCGCCCUGUGGACUCUGCCCCGUUUUUGAUGACUGCCAUGAAGGUGGUGAGAUUUCACCAUCUAAUUGUAUUUAUAUGACAGAGUGGCUCGAAUUUUAAUAGAGAGCUGUGAAUCUUACUUACAUUUGGCAAAUGAAUUACUUGGAGAGCAAAUAAUUCAUGAUGGAACAUCCAAUUUCUUUGAAAGCAUACUUCACAAUGAUGGAUACUGACUUGCUGCUAUGAAAAUGUAUUUAUUUAUGAAGACAUAACACAAAGCAAAUGAAAUUUAAUAAAGUUUAAUAGAGAAGUCUCUUCUGCAGUACGAAAAUAACUUGAAGCUCUGGAAGACCAAGGAAAAAGGAGCCACCAAAUACUGUGAUAACAGCUAGAGCGUGAAGAUACACGCUUAAAGUUACUUCUUAAGGUUUUCAUUGAAACUCAUCGUAUCAGGUUUAUUACCACA